AUGGAGUACCUGGGGGACAAGCUGUCGGUGGCCCAGUCCCAGGUGUCUGGGUGGAUGGGGAACGUACGCCGCUCCCUGCAGGGGGCACUCAGCUUGGUGUCCAGUGCAGUGGAACGUGGGGGCAGGGGGGCCGAGGACAGCCCCGGGGGCUUCAAGAGGGCCAACUCGUUACGUUCUCUAGCCUCUCGCAGCCGGGACUCUUUCCGUAGGUUCUCUCUGCGCAGCCAGCAGCGCCUGUCCCUACGCAGGCGUCCUGGGACCAGCACCCCCAACACCCCCACUGCUGUAAGACACACACACAAUUUGACACACUCCCCCGCAUCAAUCCUUCUCACCACCAACUGUCCUUCCAUCACUCACUGCCCAUUCCAUGGACCUCAAACUUGUCAAGGCCUUCUCUACUUGUGUGUUUUAUGUCUGUAUUUGUGUUGCCAUGUGCAUUCUCUCUCUCUGAUCCUGAUAGUUCCUGACUGUUCUGCUUUUCUUCGCUGCUCAGUGCUCACCCCCCUCUGUGCCUGUGUCCUCUCUCUCGCCCUAUGUCUCUCAUACCAUCUUUGAAAUAACACUGACCUUUGUCUGUGUGUGCACCAUAGCUCCCACUGCAGAAGCAGUGUCAUUGGCUCCUCAGGUCAUAGCUUACUGUGGGCUGGAGUUGGGUUUCUCGCCCCCUGUCCCUCCCUCCUAAACUAUGGUCUGGUUUAAUCUAGUCUGUGUAUAGAGCAGUCAACAACAGUGCUGGAAUCCAUGUAUGGAUAUAGGCUAUAUAGCUAUGGAUCCCAUUUAGUUGCAGUAGUUGUGUAGUGACACCCAUUGUAGGUCAGUUGGGGGGGGGGCUAUCUUUUAUUAGACAAUGAAGUUUGGGUGUGAGAUGAUGAUGAGGAAAUGUGUUAUUUGAACUGUUAGUCUGGAAACGGUUUGAUUGCAGUUUUUACUAGAUUUGCAGAUUUGCUUGAAUGGUGAGAUGUGAUGAAUGGUCAGAGAACUGAGGCCAGUGAGAUGUGGGGAGAAAGAGGUGGACAGGGGCCAGCCAGAUAAUGGAGCGGUAGAGAGGAUGAGAGGAGGUGGGGGGGGGGGGGGGGUCUACUCACUGAAAGGACCACAGGGAUGGGGGUGCUGGGAUGGAUUGUACACAAAACUGCACAUGCACAACUCCAGUCCUCAAGGACUGCAGUACUGCUGGGUUUUUCCCCUCCACGGUACCUAAUGCCCAGAAAGUCCACACACCUGGACUCAUGUCUGAAUACAAAGAAAGAACAAAACCCCACACAGACACAGCAGCCCUUUACUGAUUCACUCUCUCGGUCUGGUUUGUGUGUACGUGUGUCCUGUUUUUAGCUAGAGCCUGUGUUGGUUGUCCGUACAGUACCUGAGAGCCAGCUGGUGGAUCAUCCAGAUGCCCUGGUCUCCCUCAGGCUGACUCAGCUGACCUGAACCCACCACCUCUCCCUCUGGACCCAGUCCUCCACCCUGCAGCCUGUAUCAGCCAGGCCCACUGGUCUUAAGUUCUUAAGCCGAGUCAGUCAGGUUUUAAUUACAUUCUGUUCUGCAUUCUUAGCAAACACUUGUACAUUGCUGAGCCCCUUGUCUGUACAUUACACUUACAGUGGGGAGAACAAGUAUUUGAUACACUGCCGAUUUUGCAGGUUUCCCUACUUACAAAGCAUGUAGAGGUCUGUAAUUUUUAUCAUAGGUACACUUCAACUAUGAGAGACGGAAUCUAAAACAAAAAUCCAGAAAAUCACAUUGUAUGAUUUUUAAGUAAUUAAUUUGCAUUUUAUUGCAUGACAUAAGUAUUUGAUCACCUACCAACCAGUAAGAAUUCCGGCUGUCACAGACCUGUUAGUUUUUCUUUAAGAAGCCCUCCUGUUCUCCACUCAUUACCUGUAUUAACUGCACCUGUUUGAACUCGUUACCUGUAUAAAAGACACCUGUCCACACACUCAAUCAAACAGACUCCAACCUCUCCACAAUGGCCAAGACCAGAGAGCUGUGUAAGGACAUCAGUGAUAAAAUUGUAGACCUGCACAAGGCUGGGAUGGGCUACAGGACAAUAGGCAAGCAGCUUGGUGAGAAGGCAACAACUGUUGGCGCAAUUAUUAGAAAAUGGAAGAAGUUCAAGUUGACGGUCAAUCACCCUCGGUCUGGGGCUCCAUGCAAGAUCUCACCUUGUGGGGCAUCAAUGAUCAUGAGGAAGGUGAGGGAUCAGCCCAGAACUACACGGCAGGACCUGGUCAAUGACCUGAAGAGAGCUGGGACCACAGUCUCAAAGAAAACCAUUAGUAACACACUACGGCGUCAUAGAUUAAAAUCCUGCAGCGCACGCAAGGUCCCCCUGCUCAAGCCAGCGCAUGUCCAGGCCCGUCUGAAGUUUGCCAAUGACCAUCUGGAUGAUCCAGAGGAGGAAUGGGAGAAGGUCAUGUGGUCUGAUGAGACAAAAAUAGAGCUUUUUGGUCUAAACUCCACUCGCCGUGUUUGGAGGAAGAAGAAGGAUGAGUACAACCCCAAGAACACCAUCCCAACCGUGAAGCAUGGAGGUGGAAACAUCAUUCUUUGGGGAUGCUUUUCUGCAAAGGGGACAGGACGACUGCACGUUAUUGAGGGGAGAAUGGAUAGGGCCAUGUAUCGUGUGAUCUUGGCCAACAUCCUCCUUCCCUCAGUAAGAGCAUUGAAGAUGGGUCGUGGCUGGGUAUUCCAGCAUGACAACGACCCGAAACACACAGCCAGGGCAACUAAGGAGUGGCUCCGUAAGAAGCAUCUCAAGGUCCUGGAGUGGCCUAGCCAGUCUCCAGACCUGAACCUAAUAGAAAAUCUUUGGAGGGAGCUGAAAGUCCGUAUUGCCCAGCGACAGCCCCGAAACCUGAAGGUCUGUAUGGAGGAGUGGGCCAAAAUCCCUGCUGCAGUGUGUGCAAACCUGGUCAAGACCUACAGGAAACGUAUGAUCUCUGUAAUUGCAAACAAAGGUUUCUGUGCCAAAUAUUAAGUUCUGCUUUUCUGAUGUAUCAAAUACUUAUGUCAUGCAAUAAAAUGCAAAUUAAUUACUUAAAAAUCAUAUAAUGUGAAUUUCUGGAUUUUUGUUUUAGAUUCCGUCUCUCACAGUUGAAGUGUACCUAUGAUAAAAAUUACAGACCUCUACAUGCCUUGUAAGUAGGAAACACUGCCGAUUUUGCAGGUUAUCAAAUACUUGUUCUCCCCACUGUAUGUCAAUGUUCUUUUCAGUUCUCCAUCAUAGGUCAGUGAUUUGGUAGCUAUGUGACGUGGCUGGAGUGCUGCUCUGUUGUUGACAGGGGAUUGGUGCUCAUGGGAUCUGUAGUCAUAUUAGGAUAGCUGCGGUGUCGUCAUUGACCAGUCCACUCCAUGAUGAAUGUGUUUACUGUUAAACAUUCCUAGUGAGGAAGACUCCACCUAGAGGGGUUAGAACAGGAGGGAGGUGCUGGGGCGUACUGGGGGCGGUGUGAUGUUUGUUCUGUAGUGUUUGUGUUGGGGUCAUUGUACCUGCACUAACUAACCGGCCUGCUAUAUGUUGUCUGCUUCUAGGCAGUAGGACCAUAUGUUAAAUGUCUUAGAGCUGCACAGCACUUCCUCAUUCAUAGAGCUGUGUGACUGACUGGCUGUUAUUCAGGGCGGAUAUUCAUUCUUGUUUUGCAGUAAGGAAGUGGAUUAAUAGAAAUCAUAUCCAACUUAAACUGACCAUGCCUUUAUACAGUAACGUGAUGGGCCUAGCGUGUGUUUUCAGCAUCUCAACCCAAAGUAGGCAUUUUGGAUUAAAAUAAGAGGAAGGGCCUUUACGGUAAACAUUUUCAGAAAUGUGAUGGUGAUGGUGUCAUAAUAGCAGGCUGUUGUUCAGAGCCGUGAUGUCUGACAGGUCUAACUUUCCAAGGCCUCGGCUCCUCCACUUCCUCAACCAUGUGUCAGAUUGUCAAUCUCCCUUUCUCUCCUCCCUCCUGCCAUUCAUCCGCUCAUUGUUCUGUCAUUUCCCUUGACACACCCUUCCUGUCCACAGAGGGGGUAUCUUAGUAGAGGGGGCUGGCCAAGGCUAAUGUUAUUAAGGAAAAGUCUACUUCACUACGGCUCUGAUUCACAGCAAGAAAUAAAUCUAUUGGCCAGAUAAGGUGCCUUGCAGGCCUGCUCCUCCCUAGUAUCCAGAGGGCAUUGUUGAUAGCAGAGCCUACACCCUCACAUGGUCUUUAAGCAGCACUAAUAGUCAGCCUAUGUUAUUUCUUAACCCUCUCUGUCUUGUUGCUAUUGUUUGGUUGGCAGGUAACCGGGUAGCCUCAGGAGCGGCAAACGCUAAGUGAGGGUAGGUUUGGGCGUGCUAAAGUUCAACCACGUACACUGUGUAUGGUACAUGUUCAAGGAAUUUAGAUUACAAGAGGUUUGCUUAUUGAAUCGUACAUGCUUAGUCCUGUGAAUUAGUUGUACUAAACCUUAGGGCUGAAAUUCAUGAUAUUAUGGAGGGAUUAAGAAGUCUGAGACGUCUAUUUCUCUAUAUGACUGUCUUUUGACAUAUCAGAAAUCAUUCCUGCCUCUGACAAGAAAUGACAGAGGAUUUUAGAAGGCAACACUUAUGCUUUCAUAUCUUACUGCACCUUGUUGGUCUCUUCACUUUCUCUUCACUGUGUUGCUAUUGUUACUCCUGUGUUUCUCAGUAACCCAUCACGUCGAUAAACGUAGCUGUACCAUAACACUGACCCAACCUCAUCUGUUUGAAAGGCCUACGCAUGUAGCUCGAUUAGCAUGCCUGUUUAAUUGACUCAGAGCCCAGCCCACCUGUUAGCCUGAGGCAUUAGUCAUGUGACCACCAGCAUGUUCAAACCAAUAGUUGUAACUCUAAUGCAUGUUAUCUGAAGCCAGAUUUGGCACAGAGAUCAGUGUGGAUUUGAAAACAAGCCUAGGUUCCUGUGCUGUGGUGUUUAGAUACUUUUUUAGCGCUGUAAAGCCUGGAUAGGAGGAGCUAGUGUACAAAUGCUUUCUCAGAUGGAGGGAGUUUCUCACUGUUCUCCCUGGCCUUCUUUCUUCCUGUCAGGAAGGGCAUUGAUGAUGAAUGACAUCCUGUACUGUUGUUCUCUCUCUCUCCCUCCCUCCGGCCCUGCUCUCACUCCCUUGCACAGUGCACACACAAACCAAACAAACACCUAUUACAUUUCCCUCAAUCAUUCUCUUUAGACAUGGUGUUGUGGUGUAGCAGUGCGUCUGUAUAGCACUGUCAAGGAAGUCAGUAGAGAUCAUGUAAGUUCAGCAACAUUUCUCUAUUUCUAUACUGUGUGUGUGUGUGUACUUACACAGGCUUGAGUGCUUGCACAGGAGUAGUGAGUGUGUGGUUUUAGGACAGUGUGCCCUCUGUAGAAGCCUCAUUAAAAGAGCCACGGUCCAGUAGACUGCAAACACACAGUGGCUCACCAGUCUCUGUCCCUGAGAGCUCAUCCCAUUACCUCUCAUUAUCCUUCUCACCAACUGCUGGCCAUAGCCACACAAUACAGGGCUAUCAGGACCAGCACCACUCUCUCAACUGGCCAACUUUCUGUUACUGUAGGCUGGGCGGAGCUUCACUCCACAGGCGUGGUGAUGGAUUGAACCGAGAGCCAAUAAGAUGCCUUGAUAGUUUGAUUCAGGCUGGUGGAGAUUAAUCCAGUUCUGUCAUAUUGGAAUGUGUUCUCUCUGACCUCCGAGGGAUACUCCAAUGGCACAUACAGUGCAUUCGGAAAGUGUUCAGACCCCUUGACUUUUUCCACAUUUUGUUACGUUACAGCCUUAUUCUAACAUUUAUUAAAUUGUUUUUUUCCCCUCAUCAAUCUACACACACUACCCCAUAAUGACAAAGCAAAAACAGGUUUUUAUACAUUUUUGCAAAUGUAUUACAAAUAAAAACGGAAAUAUCACAUUUACAUAAGUAUUCAGACCCUUUACUCAGUACUUUGUUGAAGCACCUUUGGCAGCGAUUACAGCCUCAACUCUUCUUGGGUAUGACGCUACAAGUUUGGCACACCUGUUUGGCCGGGCGGCCAGCUCUAGGAAGAGUCUUGGUGGUUCCAAACUUCUUCCAUUUAAGAAUGAUGGAGGCCACUGUGUUCUUAGGGACCUUCAAUGCUGCAGACAUUUUUUUGGUACCCUUCCCUAGAUCUGUGCCUCGACACAAUCCUGUCUCGGAGCUCUAAGGACAAUUCCUUUGACCUCAUGGCUUGGUUUUUGCUCUGACAUGCACUGUCAACUGUGGGACCUUAUAUAGACAGGUGUGUGCCUUUCCAAAUCAUGUCCAAUCAAUUGAAUUUACCACAGGUGGACUCCAAUCAAAUUGUAGAAAUAUCUCAAGGAUGAUCAAUGGAAACAGGAUGCACCUGAGCUCAAUUUCGAGUCUCAUAGCAAAGGGUCUGAAUACUUAUGUAAAUAAGGUAUUUCUGUUUUUUUAUUUGUAAUACAUUUGCAAUAAUUUCAAAACCUAUUUUCGCUUUGUCAUUAUGGAGUAUUUUGUGUAGAUUGACAAGGGGGAAAAAUCAUUUUAUCCAUUUCAGAAUAAGGCUUUAACGUAACAAAGUGGAAAAGGGAAGGGGUCUGAUUACUUUCCAAAUGCACUGUAUACACUCUACUCCUUUUUCACUGACUUGUCAUUUUCUCCAUCUCUCUCUCAGGAGCAGUUGAAGCAGAGUGUGGAUGGUGAGGAGGAGGGGAGGGACAUGGACACACUGGUCCAUGAGACGGACAGCCAGUACGGGACCUGGGAGACAGGACUGCACACUGACGAUAGGUGAAUAUACACACCCACAACCCAUCACAGGUGUGGCUGCUGUGGGCUGGACCAACACCUGUUAAACAGGAUGUGCUCAUGUUUUUGACUGACUUGUUACUAAAUUGGUUACUAAAUAUGCUGAUCCUCAUUCCUCAAUAUGAUUACUAAUUUCCCCUGAGGCUGUACCCUGAUAUCAAGACAUCUCGACAUCCCUAGUACUGAAUGCCACCCAGUCCCAAAUCCUGCUGAUUUACUUCUCCCUCUAAAUAUACAAUUCUCAACCGUUUGAUCUCCAAUUUAACACCCCCUGGAUCGAUAAGUAGUAUCGAAUGGAUGCAGCUAAAGGGAGAGAUGUACUCUAUCAUGUCUUCUCCUGGAGCAGCAUUGACCUUAGGACAAAGUCACAGAGCCGCGUUAGAUCCAGCCUUCUAGAUAGGGCAGGGUAGAGAGUUAACCCGAGGCACUAAUUCUCUGUUGUCCUACCAAUAUGGCUAAUAAUAAUCAUCUCAACCUUACAACAUACAUUUACAUUUUAGUCAUUUAGCAGACGCUCUUAUCCAGAGCGACUUACAGUUAGUGAGUACAUACUUUUUCAUACUGGCCCCCCGUGGGAAUCAAACCCACAACCCUGGCGUUGCAAAUGCCAUGCUCUACCAACUGAGUUACACGGGACCUACAACACCCACAAGCAUCUCCUCCAAGUCAGAGACACAGUUACUGAGAUUGAAAUAAAUCAACAGAGACUAUGGUAUCUAUAGGUACUUACUGUACAGAUACAGUAGAAUCUCAGCACUCCUGACACAUUGUGGUCAAGGAGCAGCAGCUCACUGAAAUCUGGUUUACUCCAGCACUCAAAAUGGCCUCUCUCAGCAGGACGAUCUAUCACUGACCUCCUGUGGCCAGGAGAUGGUAUCACAGCAACAAACUCAACACAGGUGGAAAAUCUGGAUAAUGUUUAGUAGAAAUGACUGUAUGCUGUAGUAGAGUUUCAGAUAAAGAUACAAUAUAACGAACUGUUAAUAGACAGUGGGUCAUUUUAAUAUAAUUCAAAUGAAUCACCAGCUAGUAUGGUUGUGUACAGUAUGUGACUCCCCACUGUUUGCGUCCCUCAUUGUGAAUAAAGAAAGUGAAGCAUGAGUCUGCCCGGUCAUCCAUUGUCGUCAUGCACAUACAUCCUCUAUGAAAUCUGAUGCUCCUACAGUAAACCCAAACAGGAGAAUAUUACUCGUUCACAGAGCUAGUAGACACAGUACCUGUCACAUUGUUCUCUCAUUGCCAAUGCAUGCAUAUAACAGACUGUAGUGUAGUUUUAGGAAGAUAGCCUAAAGUACUAGUCCUGUGUUUGUUCCUGUCUGUCCUUCCUGUAGCCUGACUCCUGCCACGCCCACCUCAGACAGCCACCUCAGUCAGUCCCCUAGGAAACCCACUCCACUCUACACGCCAGAGGAAGAUGCCCACACCCCGCCCAGCGACCUUGACACUCCAGACGGCUUCUCCCCCUCGGCCCAGCCCAACAUACAACCACUCCCUUUCCCUGAGGUAAGACUGACUUCACCUUUUUAAAAGGACAUAUCAGUGUAGCAGUCAGAAUUGCUUUGUUUCCACAGAUUUGCUUUGUUUGUGUUUAUGUGUUUCUCCCUCUCUCCAGGCCUCCACCAUCCUACUGGACUCCAGUGCUCUGCGAUCCAGGGUGCAGUUGAGUAAGAUGCGGGGGCCACGUUCGCGCCCCUCCAGGGUGGCUCGUCAGACUGCUGCUCUGUCUGUAAACCCAGAGGGACAGGCCACACCUACUGAGGACUGGCGCUCUCGAGACUCCACAGGUCAGCCUUGGACUCUGCUCUCAUGUAGACCCGCUUGGCCAUGUCUCUAUCCAGUACCUUGUUCUGGAUUGAGUGGACAUGAUUUGACCAGUUAGACUGGAGAUGUGACUUAGAUGGUCAAAUAUCUGUUAGACUUCUGAAUAACCUCUUAUUUGUUUUGCUUGUGAAAUGAUGUACUCAGAGGUGUGUGUUGUCCUCUAUAGAGGACAAAGUGGGGUCUUCCAAGAAGGAGGACUCAGACUCUGAGGAGCAAGCGAGAGGCGCUGACCCCCGCUCUGCUGCUGCCUCCUCCCAGCCCCAGAGAGUCGCCCUCUUCCCUGGGAUGGACCCCUCCGCUCUCAUGGUGAGCCUCCCCAAGAGUUGACAAGGAGUGUAAUGUCACUCAUACUGUUCUGAAAAAGUAGUUUUUGAUAUGUUUUCUUGGUGGUUUCCCCCUCUGUUUGGCAGGCCCAGCUCAAGAAGAGAAGCGACUCUGACAAUCAGACAGACGGACCCGCCAUUUCUCUCUCCCAGCUGUCCCGUUCUCCUAAAUCCCCCUUCCUGCCCCGGGCGUCCCGUGUGCUGCCCCCUUCCGGAGGGAAAGAAAAUGGGUAAAAUAGUGACCCUGUCUCUUCCCUCUGUUCAGCCUGGAUCUAAUAACCCAAACCAGGGAUUGUUGAUAGUUGGAACAGAAAGAUUUACAUUUUAGUCAUUUAGCAGACCGAAAUCAUUACCAGUUGUAAUGAUUGUGCCUCCCUUUGUCUGUCUGUCUCUUCUUAGUGAGGAGGCCUCACCACAGUGGCUGAGAGAGCUGAAGUCGAAGAAGCGCUUCAGUCAGUAUGAAAAUGACAGCUAA